AUGCAUAGGAAAGCUCUACGCACUUGCGGAUGAGGUGGACAAGGUGCACAGGGACUGCACCAUCUCCAAAGUGGCGGCCUCUUCCACCAGCAUUGUGUCUGGCAUCCUGACCAUCCUUGGCCUGUCUCUGGCACCUGUGACACUAGGGGCUAGUCUGGUGCUUUCGGCAACUGGGAUGGGACUCGGGGCAGCAGCUGCUGUGACUGGUGUGACAGCGGACAUCGUGGAAGACUCAAAGAACAAGUCAGCAAAAGCCAAAGCCAGGUGCCUAGUGUCGAAGGGCAGUGACAAAGGGAAUGUGGUCCAGGAGCUUCUACUUGGAAGCGCACCCAAAAUUGUUUCCUUAGCAAGAAAGUGCUCCAUAUCCGUGAUAGAUAUUGUGAAGAAUGCCCGUGCCUUCAAUCUGGCCAAAUCCAAUCCUGUCUUAGCAGCUGAGGCCAGGAGCUUCAUGCGCGCGGGGACAAUGUCAGCCCCAAGCGACAAGCAGGUGCAGAAAGCUUUUGGAGGCACUGCUCUGGCCAUGAACAAAGAAGCCAGGAUCGUUGGUGCAACCACGGCAGGUGUUUUCAUUCUCAUGGAUGUAAUUGAGCUAGUUAUAGAGUCAGUGCACUUACAUAAGGGCGCAAAGGCUCAGUCUGCUGAAGAGUUGAGGCAGCUGGCCCAGGAGCUGGAGAGGAGAUGGGAAGAACGCACCCACUUUCUCGAAAGUCUACCGAAUCCCUGACUUCAUGAUCCCUAGACAGAGCAGGGAGCAGGGGUGUGUGGGAGACAAAGGCAUGGACUGACCUUGUUAGGAAGCAUAGUAACUUCCAUCUUGGGUAAAAACUGCCGUUUAAAACUUUAACCCUGCUAUUCUGGCUUCUGUAAACAUUUGCGUGCUUAAAUAAUAGGGAAAAAUAAGACUACUCCCAUUCCAGAGAGGCCAUAAACUAUGCCCCAGACAGAGUUGUCAGUGCUGGCGCCAGGCCAGGCCUUGAGGUCUGGUCUCACAGCCCUGGCCCAGCACACAGGACUUUUUCUCAGAAGGUCCAGAAGUCUUGUUCCAAAUUCGGAAGACAAAAAGCUGAAAAAUGUAUAAAUAGAAAGGACUUCCACUAUAUUGGGCCCCAGAAUUUGAGAAGCAAUAUUUCCUGUGGGCCUGCUAGUGUUAGCGAAAUGAAAAAGACUCCAAAUAAAUUUGGCUUAUUGAUUAAAGCAUCUUCUGAUUUACAAUAUAACAGUUAGAGGGGAAAAGCCGGUGAGAUAAAAUGGAUUUAACUGCGUGUUCAGGUGUUGAGCACAGCAAAGGAGAGGUUCAUGCAGAUGGCAGGUGGGUCAAAGAGAAGGAAGGAACCUGGAGCCUGGAAUCAGGGAAGAGAGAGGACAAGAGAGUGGGGGGUGGGAGGAACUUUAUUUUGACUAAAAAAGACAUUGGGUCAUGAAUAAAGACAUUGGGGUCAUGAAUAAAGAAAGAGAAGUGAAGGAAUAAGCACUGAGAAGGCCCGAACUACUAAAAAGUUGACAAUGGAAGAAGGAGAAAGAGUUUGAGUUGUUGGGAUAUGGGAGUUUCAGUGGCUCCUGGAUUGGCCCUCCCCAGGGUUCACCGUCCCAGAAGGAACCCCGUCUCUCCCUGGUCCUGGUCCCUAGCCCUGCUUUCCAGUUCCAGCUCGCCUUUGUCUUCCAGCAGUUCAUCUUAGGUAGGGAGUGAUGUUUUUUUUUCUAAAUCACUAUCUAUAGUUUAAUGAAAAAUAGUAAUGAUUGUGUAACGAAAUAGCUAAAAGUAUAAUCACAGCCCUAGCCGGUUUGGCUCACUGGGUAGAGCGUCGGCCUGGGGACUGAAGAGACCCGGGUUCAAUUCCGGUCAAGGGCAUGUACCUUGGUUGCAGCCACAUCCC